GGCAAGGAUGCCUCUCUCACAGGGAGGACAAACGAAGGUCCGACGUCUAGAAGAUUAAACGUUAACUAUGGCUGGUCCCACAUGACUGGAGGAGAGUGACGGCUGAGACGUGACAGAAGAUGGGGGAUUGGAACUUGCUGGGAAGUAUUCUGGAAGAGGUCCACAUUCAUUCCACCAUCGUAGGGAAGAUCUGGCUCACUAUCCUCUUCAUCUUCCGCAUGCUGGUCCUCGGUGUGGCAGCUGAGGACGUGUGGGAUGAUGAGCAGAGCGAGUUUGUUUGCAACACGGAGCAGCCCGGCUGCAAAAAUGUCUGCUACGAUCAGGCCUUCCCCAUCUCCCUCAUCCGCUACUGGGUCCUCCAGAUCAUCUUUGUGUCCUCCCCAUCUUUGGUCUACAUGGGCCACGCUUUGUAUCGCCUGAGGACACUGGAGAAGGAGCGCCACCGGAAGAAGGCCUUUUUAAAAGCGGAGCUCGAGGGCACCGACCCGAUCCAGGACCAUAAGCGAAUAGAGCGUGAGCUCCGAAAACUGGACGAGCAGAAGAGAGUAAGGAAGGCGCCCCUCCGAGGAUCGCUGCUGCGCACUUACGUUUUCCAUAUCUUGACUCGAUCUGUGGUGGAGGUGGGGUUCAUUAUCGGCCAGUGUGCGCUGUAUGGCAUCGGCCUGUCUCCCCUGUACAAAUGUGAGCGGACGCCGUGUCCGAACAGCGUGGACUGUUUCGUGUCGCGACCAACCGAAAAGAACAUUUUCAUGGUGUUCAUGCUGGUCAUUUCAGGGGUUUCGUUAUUCCUCAACCUUCUGGAGAUCUUUCACUUGGGGGUGAAGAGAAUCAAGUUCAUUUUGUAUGGGUCCAAGUACGGGGACGAGGACAGCGUGUGCCGGUCGAAGAAGAACUCGGUGGUGCAGCAGGUUUGCAUACUGACCAACUCCUCGCCACAGCGGCUGAUGCAGCUGACUCAGAUGAGCUGCAGCGCUUUGUCAGACACACACAGAGAGACUCACCUGGUGGAUUCGGUGCCGCCAAAUCAGGAGUGUACGGGCGUGCCGCAGCAGGCGCACCGGCCGAGCCACCCUCACAUUCAGUCUCUGGGUGCCGGGGAGCGGCGCCACACCCAGAGGAAGCAGUCAUGUAGCAGUGAUGGCUCUAAUGCACCUCAUGGCCCUGGCCCGCUGCUGCAUGCCGGGCCUCGCCCUACUCUCAUGGCCAGCAAUAUGGAGAUCCCCGCCGCCCUGAGAAAUCACCUCAGGAAGCACAGCAGAGUAAGCGCCUGUCGGGACUUCAGCGACUCAAGUGACUCCCCAGAGAGUGGCCACUACCCCACAGCCAGGAAGUGCAGUUUCAUGUCUCGAGGUCUCUCCGAUGGGAAGGUCGCCUCUUCCUCUGACAGCGCUGAUUCUCUGAGAGGAAUGGAUGUAGAGGCCCAGCACCUCGAUGAGGAUGAAAGUCCUGUAUCAACUCCACCACCCGCCUCCAGUGGGAGAAGGAUGUCCAUGAGCGUGAUUCUCGAGCUCUCCUCUAUCAUGAAGAAGUAGUCGCAAAUAUAUGCUGCACAUGAAAGUCCUGAGUCUGGGACCUGAAUGUUGAUGGGCCUUCAAAGUUAUCAAGACUUUGAGGCGUCUUUGUCUCGCAAGAGGAGAGGAGUGUUUGUGGCAUCAUUUGCUUCAACGGAACAGCCUUGAGCUCCUGGACAAGAACAAGACUGCAGAUCCCCUGACCUGAAAUGUUGCGAUGGAGAAGUGGAAUUUGAGCAAGUUCUGAACAUAACUGCUCUGGAGUUCUUGUGGAUCUGUGGAGGACCUGCACCUGCAUUGCUGCUUUGAAUAUCUUAGGACAUUUGAAUGUUCCCGAGGGGGAACAUGGAAGCUUGAUACUUGAGGAUGGUUCUGCUGACAAGACUGGCCUCAAAGUUAUGACAACAGAUGUUCUGGAGACAUAAGUCCAGAAACACCUGAUGGAAUCGAACGUUGGAGUUAACACCUGGAGCAAAUCAUUCCCCAAACGCUUACAAGCUCAGAAAAAUCCUAAAAAGUUUUGGCCACUUCGGUGCAAAAGCACUUCGUAUUCUCCAUGUCACAGCGGUUGUCUGGCUGAAAUAGUUUUGCUAAAAGCUCAUGACACUGCUUAUGAAAAAUGUGUUUGACCUCCAACCUUGAGCAUAAAAGGGGGGUCUCCAAAUUCAUGUAAUGUAAUAUAUUGCACCAUAAUGAUUGUCCAACUCUCACUUAUGAAAUUAAUUCAUUCAAUGAUUCUCAGUUAGUGGCUUAUGGGAAUUGUAUUCGGAUAAAAACACAAGUUGAUACUGUGUUAUGUUCAAGGUUUAAAACUGCAGAUUCCAUUUGUUAGUGUAUAUCUUCCGAAAUAAAGUGCAAUUUUUCAACACUGCGUGAAACGAAGGACGCAACAAGGUGAUAUGCAUGUUUCUUUAUUUCAUAAAGAGAAAUGGUGUCUAGACAAAAAGUCAUUUAUAUAACACUAGCAACUGAAAUGAAUGAAAAUGGGGUUUUGCACAAUACAGUAUUUACAAAGGUUAUUAAGUCAUUGAAUUCAUUAGGGUCGUGAAGCAUUUGAAAAUGAUGAAGGUAAGAAGUUGUAGUA